GGCAGCAUCUACGGGGGAGGAACAGAGAAGGAGGGAGGGAGGAGCACUUGGGAUUCAGCAUUUGGCUUGCUUGUUUUGAAACUUCUUGUCAGGGAGGAAGAUCUCACGGACAAUUUACCAUUGACAUCUAUGGAUGAGAAAUCCAAUAGGAACUGUUUUCUUGGGGAUUGAAUUGAGUGGAAUAUUAUUACAUCUUCAGGCGAGCUGGCCGAGCAACCUCCAACUCAGGGAUUAAUAUGAGGAAGCCGUUAAAUGGGCUGGACCCUGGAAUCCGACUGAAGGGCCUCCAUUGGAUUUAAAGGGAGACACAACAUGCAAACCAAUUGGUGAACCAGUGUGGCCUAUCAGACCCCCGCCCUUGUAGCCAACACACCACCAACACAUCUUUGGGUGGGGGGGAUUGUAGAUACUUGCUCUCUGCCUGAGAAGAAAAGAGGAUGGAGUCCUUCCUGCCAAGAAGAAGUCACAACAUCAUGAAUUCAUCCAGCUCUGUUCUCCGCCUCGGACCUCCUCGCAGCUGCCUGAGGCACCACUACCAGGGUGUAAAGCAAAAAUUGCGGCCUGGGCGAAUUCUUGGCUUUAUCUUCAGCCUGGCGGUGGUAUGCACAGUGUGUUCAAUGAGUGCCUUGUCUCUUGUGACCACGGGGGCGCCCAGUGAACCCCAAUCUGAGGGUUCAAGAGAUGCAGAGGUGCCCCAAAGAACUCUCCUGGAGCACCAGAAUGUCUCCGACCCCGGGGACCAGCAAACAUCAGAAAUUGAGAUGAAUCACGGGGACUACCCAACAGACUACUUUAGCGUGGAGGACAGACGCCAAGGCUUUGUGGGGUUUCAUAUGUUUGGCAUGUUGUACAUGUUUAUAGCCUUAGCCAUUGUGUGUGAUGAAUUCUUUGUCCCGGCCCUGACUGUCAUUACUGAGAAGCUGGAGAUCUCUGAUGAUGUAGCAGGAGCCACCUUCAUGGCAGCAGGUGGCUCGGCUCCAGAGCUGUUCACCUCCGUCAUAGGAGUCUUCAUUUCCCACAGUAACGUGGGCAUUGGCACCAUCGUUGGCUCGGCCGUCUUUAACAUCCUGUUUGUGAUCGGGAUGUGCGCCCUCUUCUCCAAAGAGGUGCUGAACCUCACCUGGUGGCCUCUAUUCAGAGACGUCUCCUUCUACAUUAUCGGCUUGCUCAUGCUCAUCUACUUCUUUCUGGAUAAUCAAAUCACACUGACGGAAAGUAUUGGCCUGCUCAUGUGCUACGUCACCUAUGUGACAUUCAUGAAGUUCAACGCCAAAGUAGAGCUGCUCAUCAAAAGACAACUGGGCAGCAACCAGGUGGACAUAAUGGAGACUACAUCCAAGGUCAACACCCCACCUGCAGAGGAUGAGAACAAACUCGUGGCCAAACCAAGGUUACAGAGGGAAGGGAGCUGUGCUUCACUGCACAACUCAUUGAUGAGAAACAGCAUCUUCCAGCUCAUGAUUCACACACUGGACCCCCUGAGCAAUGAAGGACAAUUCAAGGAGAAGGCAUCAAUCCUUCACAAAAUGGCAAAACAAAAGUGUAAAGACGAUCAGGCUGUCAGUGCCAACGGUGUUGUAAUUAAAAACAUUCCCGCGAGUACAAAGGUCGCAGUGGAAGUCACACCUCCCAUGAAUGGUGUCGCAGGAGACGAGGGUGGCGAGGAGGAGGAAGAUGAAGAUCAGCCUCUGAGCCUGGCCUGGCCUGACACCACCAGGAAACGUCUCACCUACCUCGUCAUCCUACCUAUUGUCUUUCCUCUCUGGCUCACACUGCCUGAUGUCAGGAGAGAGUCCUCAGAAAGGUUCUUCCCCGUCACCUUCCUUGGCUCUAUCUCUUGGAUUGCUUUCUUCUCCUACUUGAUGGUGUGGUGGGCUCAUCAGGUUGGAGAGACUUUCUGGAUCACAGAGGAGAUCAUGGGUCUAACUAUUCUAGCAGCGGGCACUUCCAUUCCUGAUCUCAUCACCAGUGUGAUUGUGGCCCGAAAAGGCCUCGGUGACAUGGCUGUGUCCAGCUCAGUGGGCUCUAACAUAUUUGACAUCACUGUGGGACUGCCCUUCCCCUGGCUCCUCUACAGCAUCAUCAAUGACUUCAAGCAGGUGGAGGUGAGCAGCAAUGGCCUUUUCUGUGCCAUCGUCCUCCUCUUCAUCAUGCUUCUUUUCGUCAUCAUCUCCAUUGCAGCCUGUAAAUGGAGGAUGAGCAAGCUACUUGGCUUCUUCAUGUUCCUGCUCUAUUUUGUUUUCCUCGUCAUCAGCGUCAUGCUGGAGGACAAAAUUAUAAUCUGCCCCGUAACCGUCUGAGAGAGGAGCCUAUUUGGCGGCAUUGAUGCCACUUAAUAACAUUUAGUAGGUUGAUACCUACUUGAAGAGACAGAUGGAACAGUUACAUAAACACUGACUGACAUGGACAAGUCAAGCAAGGUUCAGCAGAGACGGCGAUGUGUUCAAAACACAACAAUACUACCCAUGGAAGCAGUGGGGUUACUUUUAUGAUUGAUAAGAGGAUUGUUUGUGUUCUGCUCUGGAAGGGAUUCUCCUUAUCAUGGGGAGCGGAAGAGAGGCAAAUGGACUUCAUACGUGUGAAGACUAGAUGUUUAGAUUUUAAAAGUUUUAUUUCACACACUGCAUCACUGUACAUUGUCAUUUAAUGUGAUUCGUCAGAAUAAUUUGUACUGUUACGGUUCAUUCACUUCAUGAAUAACAAAGAUAGGCUAUUAAAACUUCUCAGUGCAGUACACAGAAUUGUAAUUGACUGAGGUGCCCAUAAUCUCUGCCAAUAUCAGUAUGUGAUGAUGUGUUUUUCAUACAGUAUGAUUAUGAUCACACCAUGUUUCUGAUUGGUAUGCCUUUUAGUACAAUCACGUGCUGAUGUCGUCCCCAUCCUGUUUGGCUGCAGGCCCUCGAAAUGUUGCGUUCACCUGCUGUUAGUCAUGGUUCAAUGCAGUAACAGAGAAAAUCUCUAUUCAUCUCGAAUCACUGUUGGUACGCAAUAUGGACAACUUUACACUUAUGAGUGAAAAUGUAAGAAAAAAAAAUUGGUAGUUAUAACUCCAUUUUUUUAACCAGGUAUAAUAGUAUCCACUCUUCUGGGAAGACUUUUCCCAAACUGUUGGAAUAUGUCUGUGGGAAUGUCUCACACUGUAAUUUUGGAGUUCAUCCGAGAAAAAUGGGGCGGCACGGUGGUCGACUGGUUAGCACAUCUGCCUCACAGUUCUGAGGACUCACCGUGCCUGCGUGGGUUUUCUCCGGCUACUUUGGUUUCCUCCCACAUCCCAUAAACAUGCACGGUAGGUUCAUUGAAGACUCCAAAUUGACCUAGGUGUGCAUGUGAAUGAUAGUUUGUCCGUUUGUGUCCGGCGAUUGGUUGGCGACCAGUUCAGGGUGUACUCCACCUCUUGCUCAGCUGAGAUAGGCGCCAGCACACCCGCAACCCAAGUGAGGAUAAGCGGUACGGAAAAUGGAUGGAUGGAUGGAUGGAUCCUACAAAAACAAAUGAUUCAACCAUGGCUUUCUGGAAUUUACUUAGCUGAAUAAUUAAGAUUCAUGGGGACCUAAGAGGUGUAGCCUAACCUUCAUUCAUCAGUUCAUUCACCAAUUCAUUAAAUGGUGUGUCUCAAUACUUUUGUCCGUAUAGGUUACAGAAUUUUAGAGAACUUUUCCUUUCUAUUCAUGAUCUCGUCAUUGUAAUGAAGAGAAUGCAAAAAGCAUUUUGUUUGCUUAUACUUAAAAGUAAAUAAGGUACCAAUUUCUUCAAACAAAUCACUUCCUCACGUUACUUGAAUUGACUGAAAAUACAGUAUGUAUUAAAAGUGAUGCAGAUAUGGUGACAAGGUGUCAGCAUGUCACAGCGAAAUGAAAGGCACAGUCAUUAUUCCUGAAUAAUACCAUCCACUGCAUUUUUGUCUUAUCAUCCAAACUGUUCUGUGACUUUUUCAGUGCAAUUUUAGCAGCACAUCAUUCAUGUACUGUAUAGUCAAUGUGUAAGGUGGUGGGUGAGGUGCUGCAAACAGGUUUUUUCUUCUAGACUUUUAUAACCCCCGAGCACUUCUUUCAUAUUCAUCUGUAUAUUUACUUGUGUGUUGCACAUUUCUCUCUGGUAUACAAGUUUUUCCAGUUUAGACAAAGAAAUUAUCCAGGUGAAAAAUAUAACAACGCAGAAACACACUUGAUCUCUGAGUCAGUUUUUUAUUUUUCCCUUCCAUAAGUAUAUAAAUCGAACUCACCUAAUAUUGUUGUCAGAAUAUGUUUUAUUUUGCAUUUGUGUGUAUAACUGUAAAAAAAAAAAAAAAAAAAAGAAAACUAUUACAAGACUGUAUAUACUGUAAACUCCUGUAUGUAAUUACUUCUUGUCAAUUCAACGUCUAUUCUCAGAAGUCAGCUUUAGGGCGCUCAUGCAGUAACAUUUUGAAACUGUUGCUUUGAUGAUUGUCUGUGAGUUGUGUGCAUGUAUGUGUCCAUUGCAAAGAUAUCUACAAUAGUCCAUUGGAUAUCAUGACUCCAUCUCAUGUUAUGCAAACAUGAAAUCAUUCUCAUUUAUUACUUGAAUCACAUAACAAUGUAAAAGAAAAAGAAAAAAAAUACUGUCUUGCUCAACUCAUUGUAUGAAAUUCUAUUAUGAAAUAAAUUAAAACUGAAUUAAAAUAAACAA